AGAGAGAGAAACAGAGAGAGAGGAAAGAAGCAGCAGCUCAUCAGAUAGAGAGAGAAUCUCUUAAUAAAUUUUCUUUUUUAGUAUUUUUUUGUGGGGGUUGUUGUUUAAACUGGUCUCUCCAAUUCUCUCCAAUCAUGAGUUAAUGUAUGUGUGUGGGGGUUUGUGUAUUAUUCAUCGUCAUCAUCAUCUUCUCCCUCUAAAUAAUUUAAGUGUUUUCUCUCUCUAGUCUCCCGGCGGGAGAGAAGGAAGUGGAUGAGUAGAAGAAAGUCAUUUCUCUGCUUCUACGAAACCAAUCCCCUUUUGAAUCUUCACAGAAUAUCCCACUUUCAUUCUACUCUUCUUCUCUCUCUCUUCAAAACCCUUUUUCUUCAACUACAAUCCCGGCUUGUCCUUUCUUUUUAUGUUUCUCUCUCUACUUUGUUCAAAGUAAGCAAUCAUCAUAUGUUCAGCAGAAAGUGACUAAAUGGAUCAACAUUUAAAGGAUCUCAUUUCAGGUGGUCCACCUAAAAUUCCAUCAGGGGAUGCUUCUAGAAAACUGGGAAGUGCAUGGGGGAUCCCACAAGGAACUGAUGCGUAUCAUACAUCGAGUGAUGCUAGCUUGUUUUCUAGCUCAUUGCCUGUCCUUCCGCAUGAGAAGUUUUUUACUGACUCAGAACAUUGUGGUCAAUCUGUUGAUGAUGGCUUCCCUACCUUAAAGAAACUUCAUCAAGAAGAUGACAGUAAGGAUCCACUUGAAGAUGUUGAACCAAGUGCCAUUGGAACGUUACUUCCUGGCGAUGAAAAUGAGCUUUUAGCAGGCAUAAUGGAUGAUUUUGAUUUGAGUGGGUUGCCUACUCAAUUGGAGGAUUUGGAAGAUGAUGAUUUCUUUGGUAGUGGAGGGGGGAUGGAAUUGGAUUUUGAUUCCCAAGAGAGCUUAAACAUUGCUAUGUCAAAGUUAAGCAUGUCUGAUGGUGUUUCUGUGAAUGGGAUUGGUCAUUAUGGUCUUCCAAAUGGUGUGGCUACAGUUGCUGGAGAACAUCCAUAUGGAGAACAUCCUUCAAGGACAUUAUUUGUCAGGAAUAUCAAUAGUAAUGUUGAGGACUCUGAGUUGGUAUCUCUCUUCGAGCAAUAUGGGGAUAUCAGAAAUCUAUAUACUGCAUGCAAGCAUCGGGGCUUCGUGAUGAUAUCUUACUAUGAUAUCCGAGCAGCUCGAACUGCAAUGCGUGCAUUACAAAAUAAGCCCUUAAGACGAAGAAAACUUGAUAUUCAUUUUUCAAUUCCUAAGGAUAACCCAUCAGAAAAGGAUAUUAACCAAGGAACUCUUGUCGUGUUCAAUUUGGAUGCAUCAGUAUCAAAUGAUGACCUUCGUCAAAUAUUUGGUACUUAUGGGGAGGUCAAAGAGAUCAGGGAAACACCACACAAGCGACAUCACAAGUUCAUUGAAUUUUAUGAUGUUAGAGCUGCAGAGGCAGCUCUCAAAGCUUUAAAUAGGAGUGACAUAGCUGGGAAACGCAUAAAGCUUGAACCUAGCCGACCUGGUGGAGCCCGUCGAAACUUGAUGCAGCAAUUGACCCAGGAACUGGAACAGGAUGAAGCUCGAAGUUUUCGACAUCCAGUAGGCUCACCAGUAAACAACUCUCCUCCAGGCAACUGGCCACAUUUCGGCAGCCCAGUUGAACACAAUCCUUUGCAAGGUUUUAGUCAAUCACCAGUCUUGGGACCACUCAGUCCGAUCAAGAGCAACCAUAUGCCAGGUUUAGCCUCUAUUCUAUCACCCCAUGUUUCAAACCCUGCAAAGAUCGCACCAAUUGGUAAGGAUCAGGGAAGGAUUAGCCAUGUGAGUCAGGUAAUCGGCAAUGUCAAUUCAACACAAGGAGUGGGCUAUCAGCUUUCUCAUUCCUUUCCCGAGCAAAAAUUAAGUGCAAGUCCUGGACCGAUGUCUUCUUUUGGUGAAUCAAAUUCUAAUUCUUCUGGAAUUGGAACUCUGUCUGGUCCUCAGUUUCUUUGGGGAAAUCCUACUCCUUACUCAGAGCACACCAGUUCUUCUGCCUGGCCAACAUCAUCAGUGGGUAAUCCAUUUGCACCGAGUACACAGGGACAAGGUUACCCAUACUCCAAUCAGCAUGGCUCGUUCCUUGGUUCGCAUCACCUCCAUCAUGUGGGAUCUGCUCCAUCGGGUGUUCCCCUUGAUAGGCAUUUUGGAUACUUCCCAGAGUCACCGGAGACAUCAUUUAUGAACCAUGUUGCAUUUGGGGGUAUGGGUUUAAAUCGCAAAACUGCAAGUUAUGUGAUGAAUAUGGGUGCUCGUCCAGCGAUGAGUGUCGGUGUUGCUCUCCCGGGAAACAUGUCCGAAAGUGGUUCACCCAGUUCAAGAAUGAUGUCAUUGCCAAGGAAUGGUCCUUUGUUUUUCGGCAAUGGUACACUUCAAGGAAUUGGAGUGACCAUCAAUGAGGGAUUGCUUGAACGUGGUCGAAGUAGGAGAGUAGAGUACAGUGUCAACCAGAUAGAUAGCAAGAAGCAGUAUCAGCUUGAUUUGGAUAAGAUCAAGAGUGGUGAAGAUACCAGGACUACUUUAAUGAUAAAAAACAUCCCCAAUAAGUACACUUCAAAGAUGUUGCUGGCAGCUAUUGAUGAAAAUCAUGGGGGUACUUAUGACUUUCUCUAUUUGCCGAUUGAUUUUAAGAAUAAAUGCAAUGUGGGUUACGCUUUCAUAAAUAUGGUGUUUCCAUCACACAUUAUCCCCUUCUAUGAGGCAUUCAAUGGUAAGAAGUGGGAAAAGUUUAACAGUGAAAAAGUUGCUUCCUUGGCAUAUGCACGAAUUCAAGGCAAGGCAGCCCUUGUCACACACUUUCAGAAUUCUAGCUUAAUGAAUGAAGAUAAGCGGUGCCGGCCAAUUCUAUUCCAAUCAGAGGGCCAAGAGACUGUUGAUCAGGAACCAUUUCUGUCCAGCAACUUGAACAUCUGUAUUCGGCAGCCAGAUGGGUCCUACAUUGGGGAUUCACUAGAGAGCCCAAAGGGUAAUAUGGAUGAUGAGAUGUAAGAGAACAAAUAAGCAUGACCUUAAUUGAUGGCUACGAGUGCUAACAAAGUGCAUAGUUGCUUUAGUGUGUAUAAACUUACUAGAGAGGAACUGGGGUGUGCGUGCAUAUGAUUGCUUGUAUUAUAGGCAGCGUCCGCUUUUUGGGUGGUGGAUAUGGAUAUUACAAGUAUUUCACAAUAGAGCUGUGAACGGAAGAGAGAGACAAAGGAGCAUUUUGUUUUAAGUAGAGCAACAAAUGGAUAUAAUUUAACUAGAGGGGAGAAGAAUAAGGUUUAGCGUAUUGCUGAUAGGCGAAGAAGUUUUAUCCGCUGCCAAUUGUGAUGCGCUCACCGCUUUGUUUAUGAAAUUCUCUCCUUUUUUCUUUUUAAUUUUUUUAAAUUGUUUUUAGGGGUGUAUGAUUAUGUGAAAAUAUGAGUACAUGGUUAUUGGGGUAAAUAUGCAAGGGAGUUGAGAAUAUAUAUAUAGAGCGAGAGUUGGGGCUGUUUUCAGAAGUGUAUAGAAUGGAAGACAAACAGACCCCCCUGGUCCUUUCACUACUUGUGCAGUGUUGUUGUUGUUGACUUCUUGUUAUGUACCUAAAGAAAAUUGUGCAACUCUAUUUGAUAUGUCGUUGUACAGAUGUUUAAGCAUCAACUCAA